ACACAUACCAGAGCUGCAAGCCUGACGCACCUCUCCUUGCUUCCUCUUCACUUCUCAACGUUCAGUGUAGGCGAGCCAUGAGCAACGGCAACGGCGGCAGAAGCGGCGGCGCGAGGGGCGCAAGGCUGGAGCUGCAGCUGCACCUGUCGCCGCCGCCGGCUGGGAGGAUGGAGGUGGACGGGGGCGACGGCAGCGACUCGUCGUCGUCCCCGAGCUCGUGCGUGUCGUCGGACGGCAGCCCGGGGAGCAAGUCGCCGAUGGUGAUCGGCGCCUGCACGCGGUGCAUGAUGUACUGCAUGGUGGCCAAGAAGGACUUCCCCACCUGCAUCAACUGCAAGCAGCCCUCCCUCGUAGACCUCCUCCACUGCGCCGGCGGCAGCGGUGGCGUCGCCGGAGACGACAAGAGGCGCGGCAAGGGCAAGUGAAGGAAGGCCGGCCGCCGUGCCCCGUCCAGUGAUGCUCAUACGGAUGGUUAGCUCAGGUUGUUCGGGCACUGAUCUUGAGGCGCUCUGGGGGAGUGAUCGCCGUUGGAUCAUCCACUGGACGGACAUAGCCUACUUGGUUAUGUGUAGGCUAGUAGAAUAGUUGCUGAUCUUAGUUGUUGUCUUUAUGACGUUGUUGUGUUGCUUACCGUAGUAUGGGUACCAUGCGACUGCAGGUGGUUCGUGCUGUUGUGGUAAUGGUUUUAGUUUUAAUGACAAUGCUCUAUUUAAAUAAAGAGUGAGCAAUCUAUGAAUUAUUUUUUAA